CUUCACUCCCGCUGCCUUGUCAGUUUGACUGUGAGUCUCUUGGUGACUGUGUUUGGAUUCUCCACACCGAGAAGCAGAUGAUCUGCAGGAUAAGGGCAACCCUGAAUCAAUUUCAAGUGUCUGGACCCUCUAACCAGGACAAACAGAGCUCUAUAGCACCGUCUUCUGGCAGAAAGGAAAAACCAUCUCAAUCAUUCUGGUGGAUUACACUGUAUCAACUCCAUGUAAUCCCUCCCUUUAUCGACGGAGCUCAGACAUUUUUUGUGUAUCUUUUUUGUACUUGAACACAUUCUUCACAGCUUUUGCUGCCAAAGUAUGUCAGCAAAAAUGACUUCAUAGCCACAGACUGCAGCAUAGAAGAAAAAAGAUAGAAAAAGCAUGGAGGAUUCAAGUACCCCCUCGACACUCAUAUUCCACACCUCCCCUACCCCCUCCUCUCCCGGCUACUUGCAGUUCUUCUGGGAGUACCAGGACAAUUCAGUGCUUGUGGAUCAUUACAACUACACAGGCAAGCUGCAGAAAGACCGUUACCGUGAAGGACUCAAACCCGAGGGCAUUGCGUUCCUGGUCGUAUGUCUCCUCAUCGUCCUGGAGAACGCCGUGGUUCUCAUCGCCAUUUGGAGGAACAAGAAGUUCCACCUGCCCAUGUAUUACCUACUGGGCAACCUGACUCUGUCUGAUCUGCUGGCUGGGAUUACAUACAUGGCCAACAUCAUCAUGUCUGGACCUAACACUUUGAAACUGACACCGUUGCUAUGGUUCCUCAGGGAGGGAGGGGUCUUCAUCACUCUGGCUGCCUCUGUAAUUAGUCUGCUGGCCAUUGCAAUUGAACGGCAUGUUACCAUGGUGACAAUGAGGCCCUACCAUGGGGCAAAGCGGGGACGGAUGUUGGCACUGAUUGGUGCGAGUUGGGCCCUGGCAGGGUUUUUAGGAGUCCUCCCAAUUUUGGGGUGGAACUGCAUCCACAGACUGGACCAGUGUUCAACAGUCCUUCCGCUUUAUGACAGGAGCUACAUCCUCUUCUGCGUGUCUGUGUUCAUCGCAGUGCUCUUGGCUAUUGUGGUCCUUUAUGUCAGAGUUUUCCGCAUCGUCCGCACCAACACACAGCGCCAGCGGCUGGGCCUGUCAGGCAGCAUGAGGAAAGGCUUAGCGAGGAAGUCUGAGAAGUACAUCGCCCUUCUCAAGACAGUCACCAUCGUACUGGGUGUCUUCAUCGCCUGUUGGCUGCCCCUCUUCGUCCUCCUCCUCCUGGAUUUCUUCUGCCCCACCCGCAGUUGUCGAAUGCUCUACAAGGCUGAUUACUUCCUGGGAGUAGCUAUGGUCAACUCGCUCCUCAACCCCAUCAUCUAUACUCUGACCAGUAAGGACAUGAGGAGAGCCAUUCUGAGGCUGCUCUGCCGGCCCUGUCUGAUGACCAGAGACGGCCAGGUGAAGAAGAUUGGGAUGCCAUUCCUUGAGUGUAGUUUCAGUAAAACUGAAGUGGCAUCCCAGAAGUUAGAGGGGGGAUUGGAGACAACUAUUUCCUCUGGGAACAAUAUCACCACCCCAUCUCCUAUUAAGACCCUUUAUCCAAAACUCUUCAAGUCAUGAGGAGUAAGACUAACUGAGUCCAUAAGUGUGUGAAUGGGUGUCCCACUGAACAGAGGACAUGUAGUGCAUCUAUAAAGAGGAACCAGUUCUGGUAUUUUCCAAAGAAGCAUUGGGAGGGAGGAAAUACCAUGGAAGCACGAGAAAAUCAUGUUCAAACAACAGUCAGAAGUGAUGCAGAACUUAAAUGCAAGGUGUUUGCGAAACAAAGUGCCUUAAGGAUGCCAAUCAAAUGUGAACAAGCAAACAUACUUUGUUAUGAAUAGAAGCUGUGACUAAUUUGCACUAACACAUGGAUAGUACAGCCUUAGAUUUAUUCUGUAAACCCA